UUCCCCACUUGCCUCCGCCGGCGCAUCCCUAAACCCCAGUUUAGGGUUUCUCGCGCGGCGCUACGCUCCGCUCCCUCCUCCGCUCCCCGCCCGAUCGCCUCUUCCUCUACCUCCUCGAAGCUUCGACUGUUCCACACCCCCACCCAUAUCAACCCCUUUCCCCUUUAGCUCCUUCCCACUGAUACGCUCGCCGCGUGAAGCAUUCGUUAGCCGAGCCGCCGCAACCAUGUCGUCGUUCUGGGGUGUGGAAGUGAAGCCCGGGAAGCCCUACACUCUCACCCAUGGCGACUUCGCCGGCCGCCUGCGCCUCACCCAGGCGACGCUAGGGGUUGAGGUCGGCAAGGGGGAGAAGGCUACCGGCGUGAAGAGGUGUGUGCUACAGUGCAGUGCCGAGAACAGAGAUCCCGUUUUUCUUUGCGUCCUCAUGCCGGAGCAGUCGGAGACAUGCCACCUGGAGCUAGAAUUUGAGGAGGAAGUCACCUUCUCAGUGAUUGGGCCAAGGAGCAUCCACCUCGCUGGAUACUACAUGACUGAUGUGUGUGGGGAAGAUAGGGGUGACAGUGAUUCUGGGAGCGAUUCACUUCAAAGUUCAGAUGAGGAUGGUUUCUUGGAGGAGGACGAUGAUGGUAACAUGGUUAUGGGAUAUUCAGACAGUGAAGAUGAUGAUUCAGAGUCUGAUGAUGAAGAGAUGGCAUACAAUCAGGGUAGGGGCAAAAGUUCAGUUGUUAUUGAGGAAAUUGAAGAGGAUGACAAGGCUGCUGUUGCUGAAGUGCAGAAGGGAUUGAAGAAGCAAAGCCGUGAAAAUGGUGAUGAGUCUCAACUCCAGCUUGCUGCAAGAAAUCCACCUACUGAAUCCUUGGAAAGUGAAGAUGAAGAUGGUUUUCCUGUAUCAUUUUCUGAAUCAAAGAAGAGUUCUGAGAUUGUUUCAAACAAGAAUGGGGGAAAAGACAAGGAGACUAGCAACAAAGACCUGAAAAGAAAAAGUGGAGCCAUUAGCGACCGUGGUGAUUCUUCAGGGGGGGUAAAAGCUGAGAUUGAUGGGGCAUCAAAGAAAAAGAAAAAGGGCAAGGACAAAAGCACUGUUAUGGACACAGGAAAAGUAAACAACGAAGAAAAGGAGGUUAAGCUACACGAUUCUCCAGCUGAUCCUGUCAGUACAAAACAGAAGAAAAAGAAAAACAAGAACAAAAGUGCUUCUGAGGGUGAUACCAGUGAGCAAUCUGCUAAGAACAACAAUAUUGAUAAAGACAAUGAGGAGGCAAGUGCGCAGGAGGCCAAUAAAAAGAUCAAGAAAAAGAAGGCACAUGAUAUAAGCAGAAGUGAAAGUCAGGCAGGAACUGGACUUGGUGAGUCAGAUAGCAAGGAACCACUCCAAACACGAACGUUUGCCAAUGGUAUGAUGAUUCAGGAGGUAGAGAUGGGCAAACCUGAUGGUAAAAAGGCCAGCCGUGGGAAGAAGGUUUCUGUUAGAUAUAUUGGCAAGCUAAAGAAUGGCACUAUUUUCGACUCCAACGUCAGUGGAAGACCUUUUGAGUUUAGACUAGGUGUUGGGCAGGUUAUCAGUGGCUGGGACGUUGGCGUCAAUGGUAUGCGGGUUGGGGACAAAAGGAGACUCACCAUUCCACCUUCCAUGGGGUAUGGGAGCAAAAGAGUGGGGCAGAUACCACAGAACUCAACUCUCAUCUUCGAUGUGGAGCUGGUGAACGUAAAAUGAAGUGAGAAGAUCCACGAGAAACUGCGGCAGUUUCACAAAUUUUGCUACGCAUCAUUUUCCUUGGGCAAUGCUGUUUCGUAGGCAUAGGGGCAUGUUAAGUGGAUUCAUCUCUGUCGCUAUCAUACUUUCGAACUGAGUUUCAGAAGGAAAAAAACUGUGGACUGUUGCCAUCUGGGAUAAUUCCUGGGCUGCAGCAUUCGCCAUCCUUCUCCCGGUUCCUUCAGGGUCAUUUUGACGUUCUUGUGAUACCCUCAGAACCUUUUGAACUGAUGAAAUGGUUAAGGUGGAGUACGUGUACGACUUCACGCCGAUUGGUUUUUUUUG